ACUAAGAAGAAAAGUCUGAGAGACACAGAAGAAAGACAGAGAAAGACUAAAGCCAGAGAAAAUAAAAUAUAUUGAGGUUAGGAAAGGCUGUACUUUGCAGGUAUUAUGAAAGGUUUUCUUUCAUUUACAGUCCUUGCAGUCCUUUUACUGGUGCACAGCUCCCAGGCAGUCUAUGUUCAGGAUGGAGACUUGAAAUUCUCCCUUGAGUCUGUGAAGAAGCUAAAGGAGCUUAUGGAUGAGAACAAAAGCAUUAACCCUCGCAUGGUGGUUUCAAUGGCUAGCUAUUCUCCAUGUGAUGAAAAAAAUCUCCCUGAGGAGUUCCAACCUGUGUGCAAAAGAGAAGAUGCAUCCAUGAUUUUUGAGAGGCUGAGCCUGGCUGUCCGAGAAGCUGAUUUGUGUGAAAUCUGUGCCAAUGCUGCCUGUGCUGGUUGCUUUUGAAUAAGGAUGAAACAAUCCAAAGAAGAUGUGUCAAGCUAGGAAGUUUGUGCAUUCAUAUUGCAAGACCACGUACUUUCACAAAGCAAUAUUUGAGCUCCAUCUCCACUACAGUCAAACUGGAGCUGUUAGCUCAUGUAGACAUACCAGGGGUAGUCCUGAUGUAGUCAGAUCAGGUGCCACCAGCAGUGCAGUUCCAGCAACAAGGAGAUGGUAAACCUAAUCUGAGAGGUUUCAGUUCUGCCUGAGCUGUGUCACACUGGAACGAAAAUGUCCUGGGCACAGUUUCAUUUUCCACAAUUUUCUCUGGAUUGGAACACAAUGGGUGAAACUGAGCAGUCUCCUGCAUGCUUUUUAAUAUCUAAAUCUGCCUGUGAUUUGGCCUCCCCUACACAUAACACCCAGCAGCACUGGGUUAUCAUCUUUUCUAGCCUGGGCUUUCCAGUGUGUUGUGUAACUGUCUCUGUACCUGUAGGGCUAUGUGUGAUGUGUAUGUUUGUAACAGAACUGCAGCAAGUAACCUGGGGACAAGUUACUGGUGUUUAGCAACACUUUCAUAGCCAGAAAAGUCUCAGGCUGUUACUUGUACUAAUUGUUGGCAGUUUAGGGAAUGGAUGUGGAGGAGCACAGGAACACUUUCUACAAAGUUGUAUGGAAGCUCCCUUCUUUUGACAGAUAUUCAUGUUCAUUAAGCUCUAUUUAGGAGAAAGGAAGUCCAAACUGCAAUCCUGGAAUCACUUUGAAAUUAAAACAUUGCCUUGAGUUUUUAUUUAUUGGUGGCAAGAUUGUGAAGAAAGGAUCUGCCCAUGUUUAUAUGCUG